GCGCCCCAGGGAUACGUAUGUAGCCUGCCUGACACAGAGAUAAAUAUGAUAGAUAUACGUCCAGCAUGGACAGGAAUCAGUCGUCUCAAAAUGAUCAACGACUGUCUCCGCCAGAACAAGCAUCCCACGACCGCCUUCCCAUUCACAUACAAAUACCUUACGACUCAGCAUGACGUCCACCUCCCCCAUGAAAGGUUCCCUGUUCAAUCAUAGCGGGUUUCGAGUGGACGACCUGGAGACAUCUGUCAAAUUCUACACCGAGGCUUUCGGGAUGCAGCAAUUGGCUCGUUUCGAUUCGGACACGGUUUCAAUCGCCCAGAUGGGAUACGAGGACUCGGCAAAAGAACCAGGAACCCCAUUUCUCAAAUGAGAGGGCGUGCUCGAGCUUGUCCACGCUAAGGUAUGUCAGGCUGUUCAGAAGUAUGUCUUGGUCUGUCGUUGAUGGAGACACAUCUGGAACAGAACUCGCCGGUCAAUGUUUCAACGCAAGUGAAGCAGAGCUUUGUCAAGCUUUGUUUCACGGUUCCCGAUAUUGCUGCGACGGUCAAGCGUUUGAAAAGCCAGGGUGCCAAGUUCUUGCUCGAGCUAGAGGACAGGGACACCGAGGGUGUCUGCUGCAAGUUCUUAGGAUGCGAUCAUCCCGAUAAUGGAAAAGACAGGAUGUUAUGGGACGCGGCUGAAGGCGUCGCGUUUGUGGAAGAUCCCAACGGGUAUCUGGUUGAAAUAGUUGCGAUGGACCCGACGGUGGUGG